ACUUGAAGAUUAGAGGUCCCUUGAUGUUAUAACUAUCUAAAAAUUUUGAAGAUUUUAUUGUGAUUCGAAGUUUCAAUCGCAAAGAAACCAAUUGGAGAACAGAGCUCGGGAUUCGCAAUGUUGGAUUCUUUCUGUGGUAAAUUGUCUGAAGUAAAAAUAUUGUAUUUUGAAAAUCAGUUCAGUCGCCACUGUUGAAGACGGGUAGGAUAGGGAAACAUAACAUAAACUAGACGGAGUCUGAAAGGACUUGGAGACACAUAAAAACUCUUAAGUCCAGUUCUUUUGGAGUUGUUAGUCAAUCCUAUUUCGGAUAGUGGAAGUUGACAAUUGAAUCCGAAGUGUGGAGUCCAUAGCAUAAUCGAUAUGGUAAAAUAUUGGAACAACAAAUGAGUGAAUCGAUAAUCGCUGGACGUAUGAACCAUGUGAAACACGUUAGACAGAUAUCUUCUUUUGGAAAGUGUCCAGCCAUUUAGUGUAACAAAAAUUUUGGAUUUUAUGUUGUUAUUAUUGCUGUCAUCUUGGCGCUAUUGCUGCUGCUGCUGUCAUUAUUAUUGUUAUUGUUUGAUAGAAUCUACAAUUCUAUAAGUGAAGUUAAAGAUGUUCAAAUAAAGUUAGUGCAAAUUUUAAUUAUGUCAUUUGCAUGUUUGGGCUAAGCUUAGAAGUUACUUUUAAUUAACUUUACUUUUGCAAAAAGUAAGUCCUUUACUUUCCGAAAACUUUUAUCUUUUUCUUUGUAAGCUUAGCCAAACAUGCUGCCAUCCAAAAGAAUUUAAAAAAAUUUUAGGUUUACAUAUUUGGCGCCAGUGUACUGUUUUUCAACCAUCAAUCUUGAAAUGCAUAUCAAAUUGGUGGCAGUGAAUAUGGAGAUAGGAUGGAAUCAUGGUUCCAAAGAACUGAUGGAGGACAAGCAACUGAAUUUCAACCAACCACUUUUAUCUGUGAGAAGAUUUUCACCAACAGUUGCCUCCAGAAAAGAAGACAAACGUAAAACUGAAAAUUCCCUUCGCGGAAUACCGCAACUUCCACAUUACAGAUCGGAACUGAAAUCUGGCCCUGUGAGUAAUCCAGGAGCUGUGCCUUUCAUCUGGGAACAAAAACCCGGAAGACCAAAGGAAGAUAUCAAACCACAAACUCAAAAUUCCGAGAGGCCUCCAAUUGCGCCAAAGCUUCCUCCUGGGAGAUCUCCAAAGGCUAACAAGCAAGAUUCUGAUGAAGUUUCUGCAACUGCUAAUGUAACUAAAAGCCAAUUACGAAAUGUCACUCAUAACGUACAGAGUGUUCCAUCUGUGCUUGAUAAAAGCAAAACCUUUGAUAACUUCAAAGAGAUAAAAGAGGAUAAGGACAUUUCUGAUUCAGGUGAUAGUGAAGAAGCAUAUGAAGAUGCACUUGAUACACUUUCAAGAACUGAAUCAUUUUUUGUGAAUUGUAGUGUGAGUGGUUUAAGUGGAUUUGAUGAUCUUGACGUGAAAACAUCUGGAAGGUUUUCGACUGAUCCACAAAUGCAGGAAUUCAUGAUGGGUCGGUUUCUCCCUGCAGCUAAGGCAAUGGCUUCAGAAAUGCCUGAAUAUGUCCCCAAAAAGCAACCUGUAGUUCAAGAACAACCAAGGCAGAUAAAGAAAAAAGUAACUGGAGAUAAGCCUCUGUUGCGAUAUGGUCCUAGUUUUGCAAAUCAUUAUUCCCACCACUAUCAUGAUAAUGAUGGUGAUGACGACGAUGAAGAAAGUGAUGAUGAUCAUUGUCAAGGUGGAAAUUUGCCAGCAGUUUGUGGGUUGCUGCCCCGUUUCUGCUAUAAGAGUUCACUCUGCCUUUUAAAUCCUGCUCCCGCAAUGAGUGUGAGGACCCGAGUACCAAGGUCUCCUGCUACUAAAAUGCAAGGGAGAUCAUCAUCAGCUGGCUCUUUCAGUGGAACAGAGAAUGAGCAGUCUAGUUCUGACACUUCUAUCCGAAAAUCUGCUGGUGAAGUCCAUACGGAUGAAGCCAUCGAGGAUAAAACAAGUUUGAGAAAUCAGGUCAAUUCAAAUAAUUGGCAGAGACAGAAUCUUAAGGGAUCAUCUCUAUGUGGACCGCUAGAUGGACAUAUUACAACUAUCUAUUGUGAUGAAUCACCACAAGUCAUUCAUGAAGAGAAAGGGGUCCUUGCCAUUCCUGAAGAAACAAAGGGUUUUGUAACCUUUCAAGAAUUAUUGUGUGAUCAGAGCAGUUCGAAGGAAUUAGAUUCCACAAGUCCUGUUGAGAAAACUCUGUAUGUCGAUACUAUACAGCAGGUGGAAUCUCCAAGAACGAGAUUUUGUUUGUCACAUAAGCAAGUGGAGCGAAUGCCUGCUGCAGGGGACAAAGAUUACGAGGUUAUUACUAAGUCCGAAGAUCAACAUAAUUUGCAUACUGCAGAUAAGGGAGCAAAAUUACUGCCAAACGCUCAGAAAUUUAGUGACUUUGUUGUAGUAUCUUCAAUCAACAAAUCAAAUCUAAAAGAGGGAAUGGGGACAACAAAAGCUUUUGGACAUGAUCAUGAUGUUUACCGCAAUUCAGAUACUCCCAUUUAUAUAGAAGUAAAUGAAAAGAAGACUACUGAGAGCUUACGACAGCAGCCACAGGAAUCAGAAAAGCUAGAGAAUUCUCAUCAAAGCCACUUGCCGUUUCCUGUUCCUCCACCAUUACCAAAAUCUCCAUCAGAUUCUUGGCUUUUCCGUACUUUGCCUUCCAUGUCCACAAAGAAUUCAUUUCUGCGUUCAUACGUCGGUACGGCAACAAAUCCUCAAAACCAGGGACUUAAGGCACAAACCUGUGAUCCCAAAUGGGAAACAAUGGUUAAAACUUCAAAGUUGACUCUUAUUCCUGAAACAUAGAAGAACCAUUCCUGAGACCCUUCUGUUCAUAUUCAGCUGUUUAUUGGUUAAUCCAUUAGCUUAAUGGACAUGUUAGAUGACAAAAAGGUGCAACUUUUUCCCCUUGUUUUCUUUCCUUCCUAUGGUUAUCUGGAGGUGCUUUGUUUUGUCAUCCUAGAGGGCAAUGAUUUGGUAACUGUAAUUCUGAUGCCUCGUCUCCUGCCUAGUGAUUAAUGGUCAUAAUAAAAAUAAGUUCCUGUAUAGCUUAGCUUUGAGUUAUUUUCUUCUGAACAAAUUGUACAUCUAUAAAGGGAAACACGAGACUACACUUGAAAUAUGGAUGCUGAAAGACUUGGUACAUGUUCUCUCAUAUCUUGAGUUAUUUUGACUACUAUAAACUUUUAGGUUGUGUAUAUUGGAGGAUUCUCCGGUUGACUAUA